GCGUCUCUCGGUAGGUGGCUCCGGUGUGGGGUGUGCAGGGCGCGCUGCGGCUCAGCCGGGCUCUCACCCGCUCGUGCGGCAGGCUUGCAGUCGCGGGAGCUGAGGCGGCCCGGGCUGUCCGCUGCGUUUUCUCCCUCUGUCUUGGGGCGCUCGCCUUCGAGGCUGGUGGCCGUCUGUGAUGGGCUGUGGGCAGCGGAGGACAGCCUAAAACGCCGAAGCAGGACUCGAAGGAUUGAACACUGGUCCGUCCCACAGAACGUUUCAUGCAUUUGUGAACCAAAGCAUGGGAUUAAUUUCUGAUUUUGAAAAGACAGUGUCAGUGGUCCUGCUCCAGCUGUCAGUUUGGCAUUGAUGAGGAUGCUGUGCCUGUUUUGUGUGUAGUCGUUCUGAAAGUCUUCAAGCAUGGCUUCUAUUUGAAAACUCGAGUAUCAAAGAAUAUUAAGUAAUGGUGUAACAACAUACUCUGUGGACCAAGACUUCAUAGAGACUCCAUCUGGACUCCAAUCAAAGUGGUUCUCCUGACUCAUCAAAUUUUGAAGAAUUUUAUAUUAGUAACAUCAAAAGAUGGGAGAAAGAAAUGGUGAUGCAAGGACUUUCUGGAUGGAGUUACAAGAUGAUGGUAAAGUGGAUUUUAUGUUUGAAAGAACACAAGAUGUGCUGCAGUCUCUGAAACAGAAGAUAAAAGAUGGGUCUGCCACAAAUAGAGACUAUGUCCAAGCAAUGAUUCUUGUAAAUGAAGCAACUAUAAGUAACAGUCCAACAAAAGAUCAUAUACCUGUGACUCAGAAUGAACAGGAAAACAAAUCAAAUGCAUUUCCCUCUACAUCAUGUGAAAACUCCUUUCCUGAGGACUGUACCAUUCUAUCUACAGGAAACAAAGCAUCCCUACCUGAGAACAGUAAAGCUGCAGACCUGGGAGAGAAGGAAUCCCCUUUGAGUGUGACUUUCCAUAGCCACAUCUGCUCCAGCGCAUGUCUAAUGGAAAGACCACUGUCCUUGAAGGGAGAAAACCCUCUACAGCUACCCAUCAGAUUUCACUUCCAAAGACGACAUGCAAAGACAAACUCUCAUUCUUCUGCUCUUCACGUGAAUUAUAAAACGCCUUGUGGACGGAGUCUACGAAACAUAGAGGAAGUUUUUCAUUACCUUAUUGAGACAGGGUGUAACUUUUUAUUCACUGACAACUUUUCUUUCAAUACUUAUGUUCAAUUGACUCGGAAUUACCCAAAGCAAGAUGCAGUUGUUUCUAAUGUGGAUAUUAGUAAUGGAGUGGAAUCAGUGCCAAUUUCUUUCUGUAAUGAGAUUGACAAUAGGAAACUUCCACAGUUUAAGUACAGAAAGACAUUGUGGCCCCGAGCAAGCUAUCUAAAUUUUUCCAGCAUGUUUUCUGAUUCAUGUGACUGUUCUGAGGGAUGCAUAGACAUAGAAAAAUGUCCAUGUCUUCAGUUGACAGCAAAGAAUGCCAAAGCAUGUCCUUUGUCACUUGAUGGAGUGUGUACUGGAUAUAAAUAUAAAAGACUGCAGAGACUCAUACCUACUGGCAUUUAUGAAUGCAACCUAUUGUGCAAGUGUAACCGUCAGUUGUGUCAAAACCGAGUCGUCCAACAUGGUCCCCAGGUGAGGCUACAGGUGUUCAAAAGUGAGAAGAAGGGCUGGGGAGUACGCUGCCUGGAUGACAUUGACAGAGGGACAUUUGUGUGCAUUUACUCAGGAAGAUUACUAAGCAGAGUCACUCCUGAGAAAACUAAUACUGAUGAAAAUGGAAAAGAACAACAGAACAUUGUAAAAAAUAUGUUUUCCAAAAAGAGGAAAAUAGAUGUUAUAUGUUCAGAUUGUGAAACACAUCCUAUAAGUCCUGAAACUGAGAAAUGUCCCCCUAACCUUAACAGUGAUUUCAAAGAGCCUGUUACGGAAAUGAAUAGAAAUAUUUCAAGAACUCAGCGUCACUCAGUCAUUAUAAGCCCUAAAUUCAAGACAGCUGUUUUUCAUUACAAUGAGACCAACAAGGGAUUUGAUUCCUCAGAGUCUGCUGCCCCUGAAGAUAAGAAUGGAUGUAAACCAGCUCAAGAACACAUAUACUCUAAAGCUAGAGCUCACGUGAGUGUGUACGAGUGCAUGGAAAAGAUGGAAAAAAGGGUAUGUGCCCUCUGCCCCAAAGGCCAAGAUUGGAGUGUGAUAUACUUUGCACCAUCAGAGAAUAUAGCUGCUCAUGAAAAUUGUUUGCUGUAUUCAUCAGCACUGGUGGAGUGUGAGGACCAUGAUCACCUUAAUAAAGCUAGGAAUUUUGAUGUAAAAUCAGUAAAGAAAGAGAUCUGGAGAGGAAGAAGACUGAGAUGCACAUUUUGUAAUGAAGGAGGAGCCACCGUGGGAUGCGAUGAAAGAUCCUGUGCCAAGAAUUACCACUUUUUCUGUGCCAAGAAGGACAACGCAAUUCUCCAAGUUGAUGGAGCUAAAGGAACUUAUAAAUUAUUUUGCCAACAACAUGCUCCAGAACAACCAGGGACCAGUCAAAGUGGGACCAGUCAAAGUGUUUCUAUUUUAGCUGAGAGCCCAAGCUUGCUGAAAAAGAGAGGAAGGAAGAAACUCUUCCCAUCAGGCACCCCGGAACAGCCACCAAAGAAGUUGGGUAGACCCAAAAAACACGUGACAGAAGAGCCCCUCAGCCACAAAGAUGUAACUGGCCACAUUCCUUUUCUGAAGAAAUGCAAAGAAGCAGGACUUCUUAAUGAAUUAUUUGAAGGGAUACUAGAAAAACUUGAUUCAAUUCAAGGAAAACUCCUGAAUGAGACCGCUUCAGAAUCAGACUAUGAAGACAUUGAUACUUUACUGUUUGACUGUGAAUUGUUUGAAGACACAUUAAUAAAAUUCCAAGAAGUAAUACAGAGUAAAGCUUGUGAGCAGGAAGAAAGGCAGAGGCAGCUGACACAGCAGCUUAAGGCACUUGGUAACUUAGAACAAACCCUGUGCUCCUUUCAAGAAAAUGGAGUCCUGAACCACUCAAGUUCUUCUUCAAGAUCCCCACCACUUCGUAGGAACCACCAGUUCAAACGCCAGGAGUCUGCUGAUAUGCAAGCAGGCUCAGAAGACAGCCUAUGACAGACACAUGGGUCCCCACCCCUCCCUGACCUGCUUCUGCUGAUUGCUAUUUUAUACCUGACUGGGGGUUUGUCUCCUCUCUUGUCCUACUUGUCCUUGUCCAUAAAGACUGCUCUCAGGUCAACUGGAUGAGCUGAGAACAGAUCUUCACAUCCGUUCUCUGAGGGGCGAGGAAAUCUUUCUAUUGGUUGGUGCCUCCCCUUCCCACCCCAGUCAAUACCAGCGCCUUUGCACAUCCCGCUGUGAAAUCUUAGAACUUUCUCUUGCCUCUGCUGCCCCUCCAGUAGGUCUCACAAUAGCCUCCUCUCAGUACUAAUAACCCCAUUAGACUAGGGCAGAAACUCAUUCCCGUGGCUUACUUACUGUUAACCUGGGUUUCUGCUCACUACCACAUUUCCAAGACUUAGCAUUUUCAAUAAAAGUUUGUAAAAUACA